UAACGCAUUAGGACAGGCAGAGACAGAACAGCUGAGACAGGAUGUAUUUACGGGUGGCUACACUUCUUCUGUUGGCAUCAGUGCUCUGGAGCCACGUAGCAGCAAACACAGGCAAGGCCCUGGACUGCUGUUUGACAACUACAGAUGCCAGAAUUCCCAGCAGAAUGGCAAAGACCUACAUUAUCCAGACAUCCAAUGGAGGAUGCCGGAUUCCAGCCACUGUGUUCAUCACAAAAAAGAAUCGUAGGCUGUGUGCUCCUCCUGCCACCAAGAAAAAGUGGGUGGCUAAGCUCAUAAAACAACUGAAGACAAAAUUGCAAAAGGGAAAGGCCAGAAAAGGGAAAAAUGGCAAGAGACAACAUUCUGUGGCUGCUACCUGAACACAGACCUUCAGUAUACUAUAGGUCCUUUGACAAGGUUCUCCAGGCUCAUCCUUGAAAUUACGAUCUUUGCUUUGUCACAUUGUGCUACAUUUUGUGAACCAAACAUUAGUUAUUUGUUUGAAAAGGAUGGUACUGUUAUACUGUUUUCUUUUAAUCAAAACUGUUUCAUUUGUGAUAUAGCUGCAGAGAAGUUAACAGUACUUGAUUUGAUUUGUUUUUUAUUACUGGCAUAUAAUGGAAGACAUUACAGGCAUAUUAUGUAAAUAAAAAAAAUAUUUUUUUAAUAAAUAUUGAAUUUUUCUAC